AUGGCUGCUCCUAAGAUCUUCGAUAAGUUCAACAAGAUCAGAACAAGAGAAUCAUCACCUAUCCGUCGAACAGAGGUUCCAAUUACCUCCUCUUCACCUGUUUCUACUCCCCGUAAAGUUCGAUCACAUACAAAUCCUAAUGCAAAAUUAAUACCAAUCAAAAAAAAUCUUGGCUUGAUUCCAACACUAGACUCAUUUUCCGAUUCCAGCAAUGAAGGCAAAAGGCACAUGAAUGACGUUGCAAUCGAAGUUAAGAUGGAUAACCAGAAUGUGCACCCCAUGGAUGAACCACUGGUGCUAAGAAAUGGGAAGGAGAUUUACCCUUCAAUUAAUUCUAGUGUGGAUAAUAAGGAAAAGUCCGAUCUUAUGGUAAUCUUGGCGGGUUUGCUAGAAGCAUUCACAGGUAUAGUCAUACGAUUUUGGAACUCAGAUCUUCAUUUCAAAAUUACAAUCUCAGAAGGCAAGCCAUUAAAAGUUCAUAUACCAUCACUUGUUUAUUCUCUCAUUGGAUUCAAGCUUAUACAUACUUUAUUCUUUAAGGAUUCUAACCAGUCUGUUCGUAUCACGCAAACACCUACUAAUUAUGGAGGAUUCAAGGCUCCUUUUGUUAUCAUUAUGGUUAUUGUAAUUGCAGGGUGGUUUUUCUCACAAAACCUAUCAAGAGAACAGAGUCGUUCGACAAAAAUACCUCACAAGUCGGCUACUUCUGCUAUGUCAAACAGUAGUAUUAACAGUACAGAUAUCGAAGAUGAAAUUACUCUAGUUGAUUCAUUAGGUAGCAAAAAAUUUUCGGAGAAUGAAUUAUGGGACAACAAAACACCAGAUAUUACACCACCAACCUCUAGGAAAAACAGCUUCGAAAUGAAAUUAGACACUUUACUUGCAAGGGAAAAAAUCAAGAUAGAUAAAUUUUCGACCCCAGUUCAAUGUCGCCGAGAAGCAAGGCACAAAACUACGAAAACUUUGAAUUUGAAUCUCCCUACAAAUUAUAAAAAGCGUAAGAGCAAUGAAUUUGACGAAAUGACAAUCCAAGCAAGAGAACAACUGCUAAAAGCUUUUUACUAG